UCCAAACCCCGCAAGGGACCCUGGGCCGGGGUCGCCGGGUGAGAGGCGGCUUGGCGUUGGGGCGCCGGUCUGGGCGCACAGGUGCCUCGGCGGUCUGGCGGGUUUGUUUACAAACAAUGGGGUGCGGACUCGGCAGCGCCCCCUGGCGGCCAGUGCGACCCCGGGGAAAAGGGUCGACCCCGGGGGUGCCCCAGCCCCCAAAGUCCGGGAGGGGCGGGGGGGCGGCACGGAGGGGCGGCCACACCCAGGGCGCGCGCCCGCUGGGGGCGGCGACGGGGGCGGCUCGCGGGCCGUGGAGUCUGCGGCUCCUGCGGGCGGGGGCUGCGCCCCAGCAACAGCCGGUUAUUGGCCCCGCGCUCGCCUGGCGGGCGGGGCGGGCGCACGUGGCGGCGGUGGGGGGGGCUGUGACAGCGGAGGGGGGCGUCUGGGACCGCCGUGGGAGCGCGCGUGUGCGGGGUUGUGGAUCUGCAGGCCCCAGGGAGCGCCAUGGCCCGCGCACGCCAGGAGGGCAGCUCCCCGGAGCCCGUAGAGGGCCUGGCCCGCGACGGCCCGCGCCCCUUCCCGCUCGGCCGCCUGGUGCCCUCGGCAGUGUCCUGCGGCCUCUGCGAGCCCGGCCUAGCUGCCGCCCCUGCCGCCCCCGCCCUGCUGCCCGCUGCCUACCUCUGCGCCCCCACCGCCCCACCCGCCGUCACCGCCGCCCUGGGGGGCCCCCGCUGGCCUGGGGGUCCUCGCAGCCGGCCCCGAGGCCCGCGCCCGGACGGUCCUCAGCCCUCGUUCUCGCUGGCGGAGCAGCACCUGGAGUCGCCCGUGUCCAGCGCCCCGGGGGCCCUGGCGGGCGGUCCCACCCAGGCGGCUCCGGGAGUCCGCGGGGAGGAGGAACAGUGGGCCCGGGAGAUCGGGGCCCAGCUGCGGCGGAUGGCGGACGACCUCAACGCGCAGUACGAGCGGCGGAGACAAGAGGAGCAGCAGCGGCACCGCCCCUCGCCCUGGAGGGUCCUGUACAAUCUCAUCAUGGGACUCCUGCCCUUACCCAGGGGCCACAGAGCCCCCGAGAUGGAGCCCAAUUAGGUGCCUGCACCCGCCCGGUGGACGUCAGGGACUCGGGGGGCAGGCCCCUCCCACCUCCUGACACCCUGGCCAGCGUGGGGGACUUUCUCUGCACCAUGUAGCAUACUGGACUCCCAGCCCUGCCUGUCCUGGGGGCGGGCCAGGGCAGCCACUCCAGCCCCAGCCCAGCCUGGGGUGCACUGACAGAGAUGCGGACUCCUGGGUCCCUGGCCAAGAAGCCAGGGGAGGGAGGGCUGAUGGACUCAGCAUUGGAAGGUGGCGGUGACCGAGGGGGUGGGGACUGAGCCACCCGCCUCUGCUGCCCACCACCAUCUCAGGAAAGGCUGUUGUGCUGGUGCCCAUUCCAGCUGCAGGGGUGACACUAGAGGGGGGGUCUCCUCUCAGUGCUCCUUCACUCUGGGCCUGGCCUAAGGCCCCUGGUGCUUCCCCCCCUCCUCCUGGGAGGGGGCCUGUGAAGAGCAAAUGAGCCAAAUGUGACCACUAGCCUCCUGGAGCCAGAGAGUGGGGUGCGUUUGCCGGUUGCUCCAGCCCGGCGCCCAGCCAUCUUCCCUGAGCCAGCCGGCGGGUGGUGGGCAUGCCUGCCUCACCUUCAUCGGGGGGGGGUGGCCAGGAGGGGCCCAGACUGUGAAUCCUGUGCUCUGCCCUCGACCGCCCCCCGCCCCAUCAAUCCCAUUGCAUAGGUUUAGAGAGAGCACGUGUGACCACUGGCAUUCAUUUGGGGGGUGGGAGAUUUUGGCUGAAGCCGCCCCAGCCUUAGUCCCCAGGGCCAAGCGCUGGGGGGAAGACGGGGAGUCAGGGAGGGGGGGAAAUCUCGGAAGAGGGAGGAGUCUGGGAGUGGGGAGGGAUGGCCCAGCCUGUAAGAUACUGUAUAUGCGCUGCUGUAGAUACCGGAAUGAAUUUUCUGUACAUGUUUGGUUAAUUUUUUUUGUACAUGAUUUUUGUAUGUUUCCUUUUCAAUAAAAUCAGAUUGGAACAGUG